ACGGAAGCUCCCCCCACUUCCGGUCUUCUGUAAAAAUGGCGGCUGCGGCGGCCUGCUGUUUGCUUCUGAGGCGCUGCGUCUUAACGGCGAACCGAAUCCGGAACCAUCUCCCUCCAUCCUCCUUGCUGGGCCUCCGGGGAAGGAGAAGCUUUAGUGGGCGAGAUGCCGGGAAGGCUCUGCGGAUAGAUGCGACACGCUACACGCUGGUCUACACGUGUAAGGUUUGUGGUUCACGGUCGACGGAAAGCAUUUCCAAGGCGGCUUACCACCACGGAGUGGCCAUCGUCACCUGCCCCGGAUGCCAAAACCACCAUGUUAUUGCCGACAAUUUGGGCUGGUUCUCGGAUUUGGAGGGCAAGCGGAACAUUGAAGAAAUCCUUGCGGCCAAAGGGGAAACGGUGAAGCGGGUCGUCGGCGAAGGCGCCUUGGAGCUCCUCUUGAGUGAACCCCAGAAGUCUGAAAAUGAUGGAGAAAAGGGCUCCUGAUCGCUGCAGAAAGACUUCGACAGACAGCUGUCAAUCAGAGAAAAACCCAGUUGCAACAGCAGAGAAGCCAUUAGGAAAAGGAGGACCUUAAAGCAAUUGGGCUGCAAGGUGCAACUUGAGAAACCACAACUUGCUUCUGGUGUGAGAGGAUUGACCGCCUCAAGGACGCUGUCCAGGGGGCGCCAGGAUGUUUUGAUGUUUUAUCACCCUUGUGGGGGGCUUCCCUCAUGUCCCCGAAUGAGGAGCUGGAGCUGACAGAAGGAGCUCAUCCACGCCCUCCCUGGACUUGAAUCUCUGCGACCUGUCUGUCUUCAGUCCUGCACAAGGGUUUAGCCCACUGCACCACCGGGGGCUAUAUUAUAAUUAUAAUAUAGACACACACACAC